UAGGAAAAAGUUUAUACGUAUAGUUAUAAUUGAAUUCUAUAUAUCCUUGAAGUUGAGGAUUCUAUCCAAAGUAAAACCUAGUCCUGAGUAUCAGCACACAAAACAAUAAAACAAGUUUUAUGCAUAAGGCCUCAAAACUCUCCCCUCUAUCUUCCAAUGGCGAUAAGGCCACAACUGCACCAUCUCACGGCGGCCAUGGUGGCAGUUGUCGUCACUGCAUGGUUAGCAUACAAUCAUGUCGACAUCCCUAAAACAUCAGUAGCCUUCGGAGUUUCCGAUGUAUACGAGAUGGUUCCGAUUGAAAACGGUGGUGCAGUUGGACCAGAGAGUUUAGCUUUUGAUGCUCACGGGGAGGGACCUUACGCAGGAGUUUCUGAUGGAAGAAUUAUGAAAUGGAACAGUCUUGAAAAUCAUUGGAUGGACUUUGCGGUCACUUCUUCAAACAGAGAUGGUGAUUGUGGAGGACCAUAUAAGGAACAUUCCAAAAAAGAGCACAUAUGUGGACGCCCACUUGGGCUUUGCUUCAACACAGCAUCAGGCCAACUUUAUGUUGCAGAUGCAUACAUGGGCCUAGUAGUUAUUGAGCCCAAUGGUGGCACUGCCACAAAACUCAUAUCACAUGCAGUACAAGAUCAGCCAUUAGGCUUUACAAACAGUUUGGAUAUUGAUCAAAACUCUGGAGCAGUUUACUUUACCACCAGCAGUACUAAAUAUGAAAGAAGGAGUUACGUAUCUCUGAUUCUAAGUGGAGACAAAUCAGGGAGACUAAUAAAAUAUGAACCUAAAAGUGAAAAAGUCACUGUUCUUCUAAACAAUCUCACAUUUCCAAAUGGAGUAGCACUAAGCAAAGACGGUAACUAUAUUCUAAUAGUAGAAACUACAAGCUGUAGAGUACUAAGAUAUUGGUUACAAACAUCAAAAGCUGGAACAUUGGAAGUUUUUGCGAAUCUACCAGGUUUUGGAGACAACAUAAAACGAAGUCCAAGGGGUGGAUUUUGGGUUGGAAUUUACUCAAAAAGAGAAACAUUUAUCAAAUGGAUUCUAUCAUAUCCAUGGAUAGGAAAAGGGUUGGUUAUGCUUCCUUUGGACAUGACAAAAACUUAUUCAUAUUUGGGUAAGAUAAAAGGGAGUAGUGGAAUGGCAAUAAGGCUAAGUGAGGAGGGUGAAGUUUUGGAAGUUGUUGAAGAUGAUAGGAGUGGAUAUAGAAAGUCUAUUAGUGAUGUUGAGGAAAGAGAUGGAGUAUUAUGGUUAGGAUCUGUUGAUGCACCUUUUGCUAUUAAGUAUAAUAUUCCAAUGGCACAAGAAUAAAAGAAGAAGAAGACAUGUUAUUUAUAAAUAAUAAAUUUAAAUAAAAUUUAGUGUAAUUAGUUUG